AUGGAUCUAUUAACACAAUUACAAGAUAAAUUAGAUCAUCUAUUUUUAGUAUUCGGUACAUGUAUAGGUGUUCUUCAAAGAGAUGCACCUCCAUCCUCUUUUAGUGAAGUUAUGAACAAUCAACCACCACAACUUACACAAGAACAAUUAACAAAUGCUGAUAAUUGGAAUAGUCAAACAAAACAUAUGGCUCUACAAGUAAUUGAAACAACAAAAUUGAUUGAGUCAAUCAUAGAAUCACUACCAGGAUUUCAGAGAACAGAGAAUGAACAAUAUCAAAGACUAAAGGCUCUCAAUCAUGAAUCAAAACUAUUACAACAACAGUUACAAGAUAAAGAGAAUGAAAAUGAUCUGUUUGUAGAUCAAUCACCAAAACAAGUAAACCCUCUAACCACCAACCAGAGUACAUAG